AUGCCUCUUGCGCUUGAGAUCCCCGACCAGUACAGCUAUGUGCUCGCAGUUGCUACGUCGACCUUCUUUCUGAACACCGUCCACAUGAUGCGCACGGCCAAGUUUAGAAAGCUCGCCAAAGUCCCCUACCCUGCCCCGUAUGCCUCGGAUGAUGAGGUUGCAAAGAACCCCAGCGCCUCCAAGUUCAACUGCGCCCAGCGUGCGCACGCCAACUUCACUGAGAACCUGACACCUUUCCUCGGCGCUCUCCUCGUCGCUGGUGUCCAGCACCCCAUCUCCGCUGCUACCCUCGGUGGUGUCUGGUCUUUCUCUCGUCUUAUUUACCUCCUCGGGUACACCAGCGACGCUGGUCCCAAGGGCCGCCUCGCUGGCUUUGUCGGUAGUUCACUCAGCGAUCUCCUCCUCAAGGGCUUCGCUGCCUACACUUGUUACCAGCUCAUCUUUUGA